UUGGUGCUCACGGUGACUACCUGUCUGCAGGCAGCAGCAGUCAGUUGCGUAUGGAGCCACCGCCGCAUACAUUCCCAGACGGGCACAAUGCGGUCAUCGUCCCUCACGCUGGUCCCGUCCCUCACGCUGGUCCCGUCCCUCACGCUGGUCUCCCUCACGCUGGUCCCGUCCACGACUCCACGGCUCCGCAAACCAUACACAAUCUUCAACUCCCUGCUGACGCCUAUACUAUGGCGUCCAGCAGCUCGCACAGCGAGUACUACUUCGCGACAUCUCACACCGACUCGAACGACCCUCAGCCCCCCUCCGACCCCAUGCCUCAUGUGACCCAAAAGUUGGGCCGGAGUGUUCGACCGAGCAGCCGUAAAGCUACGAGCUCUCGGACGAAGUUUCUCACCUCCAAACAAAUCCCCCAGGAAUCACCUUUGUCCAUGAUACAAACGCCCUCAUCGCUGUCGCUAGGUUUCACAUCGCCGGAGUUCAUACGAGACGUAAAAGAGGAUGCUCGAACGACUAUGUUUAAGUUUUUGUUCCAAGAAAACCUUUUCCCGUCCACGACAGAGAACUCCGCUAUCGCUAAGAGAGCACUGGACGAUACGAUCGCUCGGUACUCUACCACCAAAGGUGUUAAUGGGGUCGACCUCGUCCAUUGGAAAUCUGGGCAAGAUGGUAAAAAUUUACUUGCGAGGAUGAAAGCGGUUGUGAAGGAAAUACACAGUGACUUCGAGCAGGUCGCUACGUUCUCCUGGAUAUCUGCCUACGCAUUGAGUCACAACAUAUCCAUGACUAAAUUUGACAUGGAAACAGCGCGGAUCACAAGACUGACUGCCCUACUGUCAAAUUUUCUAUUCGCCGAUGAGGUCAUUCAGAUGACUAUGGACGACGGGAGAAUUAUAACGUACCGAAUCCUGUUUGGCCACCCGGCCGUCUUUGACUUGCUAGAACAUAUAAUAAACAACAUGCAGUACUCUCGUUACGUUCCCUUCGACCAAGAGGACUGGAAACGCUACCUCACCAAUGCCAUCUUCCUUGCAGCAACUUCACGUGGUUGGUCGCUGGAGAAAGGUUUGGCGGGCCCUUGGUCUGGGGCUAUAGUGUUUGAGUCCGCGGAAAACAGGGCCCGUUACGAGACCAUGAAGUCUCGCCUGCCCGCGUUGUCUGAUGAUGAAACAUUGAGGGUAACUCUAGAUCCUGAAAGUAGCACAACUUCGGAUAGGCUCAGUUCGACCAAAGGACUCGGAUGA